CUUCCGGGGCGGGAGGUUCGUGCGCGGCAUCUUCCCGGGAACCGAUUGUGUAUCCAGUAGCCGGAUUGGGUCAUGCUUUGGUUCCUUCUGGAUCUGUGAAGCAGAGGAACGUCGCCGGUGCUGCCUGCGUGUCGGAAGCGGAGCCACCUGAUCCCAAACAAUGCCUGAGAUCAAACUGAAGCACGUGGUGUCGUGCAGCAGCGCGGACACGACUCACACGGCUGAAAACCUGCUGAAAGGUGACACGUUCCACAAAUGGAAAUCUCGGCAAGUUGGCGAGAAGCAGAUUUCUCUCAUUUUGCAGUUUGAGAAGGAGGAGCAGGUACACAGCAUUGACAUCGGAAACGAGUCUUCUGCCUUCGUGGAGGUGCUGGUCGGACGCUCCACGUCAGUCAGUGAACAGGAAUACGAGGUGAUCCUGGCAACAUCGUCGUUCAUGUCCCCCAGCGAAAGCAAGAGCGAGAAAAACCGCAACAGACUGAGGAUGUUCGGCCCGGACAAGCUGGUGAAGGGAGCGGCGGAGAAGAAGUGGGACCGAGCGAAGAUCGUGUGCACGCAGCCUUACAACAAGAACAUCACGUACGGUCUGUCCUUUAUACGGUUCAACUCCCCACCAGACAAAGAUGAGCCUUCUCCCAGUGACUCCUCGCCGAAAGUGACAAAGUUGGGACAGUUUAAGGUUAAAGAGGAGGAGAGCUCGCCAUCCAUGAGACCCGGGAGCCUCUUUUUCAGCCGUAUUGGAAAACCUCAAGACUCGUCCCCAAAAGUCCCGCAGGCCGCGCAAAGCUACGCGUCGGUGGCCUUACAGGGCGGCAGCAGCUCCGCAGAGACCAGCCCCACCGGCGAAAAGCAAGCGCAUAGUACCCCUUCAAGCAGUAACUCGCAAAAGGAACCAUCCGGCAAGAGAAAGUUCGAAUUCAGCAAAGAAUCCACAAGCCGCCCCCCUGCCAAGAAAACCGAGGUCAAGGAAUCCCCGUCUCGCCCCAAAGAGAGCGCAUCGCAGCCGCCGCCAAAGAAAAUCAAAGCCGAUUCCCCGGCUACCCCGCCUGUGAAGAAGCCGUCGGCCCCAGAGAAACCUGUUCACAAGAAGUCCCCUCCUGCCUCCCAACCGAUGGAGAUGAAUGAGAUCCUGCAGGGCACGGUGUUUGUGCUCAGCGGGUUCCAGAACCCCUUCAGAUCUGAGCUGCGGGACAAAGCGCUGGACAUGGGAGCCAAGUACCGGCCGGACUGGACCCCGGACAGCACUCAUCUCAUAUGUGCUUUUGCCAACACCCCCAAGUACAGCCAGGUCAAGGCCGCAGGGGGCAUCAUCGUGCGGAAGGAGUGGAUCUUGGACUGUUACAAGAAGCAACAGCGCUUGCCGUAUAAAAAGUAUCUCAUGGCUUCAGCCGACUCAAGCAGCGAAGAAGACGAUGAUAGUGAAGACGAUUCACCACCUAGACACAAAGCCCCUGCGCAUAGAAAGAAUCCGGAUUCUGGCCGAACCCACCAGAAACCCGUUCCCAGCCAUGCUAAGGCAAUCCCAACGAGGCCAAAGGAGGAGGACAGCGAGGACGAGAAGCCCAAAGCCACGGAGACCAAAGCAAACCACUCGGUUAAAGCAGAGGAUGAAUACGGAGGGAGCACGGAUGAAGAAAGCACAGGAGACAGAAGAGGUCACAAGCAAGAGUCUGGAAGUGACACCGACAGUGAAAUAAAGAGGGUGGAAGCAGAAAAGAGAGUGAAGAAGGAGGCCAGCCCACCACCAGACAACGAUCCUUACGCAGGUUCCACGGACGAGAACACGGACGUAGAAGAGGCCGAGGUGGACCUGCCCAUCCCUGAACUUCCCGAUUUGUUCAGCGGCAAACACUUCUUCUUGUACGGCGAGUUCCCUGCUUUGGAGCGCAGGACGCUGCUGAGAUACAUCGCUGCCUUUAACGGGGAGCUGGAGGAAUACAUGAAUGAAAAGGUGCAAUAUGUGAUCACCUGUCAGGAAUGGGACGACAGCUUUGAAGAGGCUCUGAAUGACAACUCCAACCUCUCGUUCGUCCGCCCCCGCUGGAUCUACAACUGCAACGAGAGGCAGAAGUGCAUCCCUCACCAGCCAUACGUGGUGGUGCCGCUGGAGUAAGGAGACGGAAGAGCAAAGGGGGAGAAACUAUGGACCUGCAAGGCCCCUCUGUACAAUGAGCUCCGGAGCCUCGGGGGUCUUCUGAUUACUACAGAUGGAUUUGUAUUGCUGAAAACACCCCGCACUCCACUCGGGGACCCCUGAGGCUUUGCGCACUGGUAGUAUGUAGGUGCCGUGUAUUUCUUCCUUUUUAAAACAAGGCCACCCGCUGCGUGAUGUAUAUUUUGUAAAGAAAGGUCUUUUCUUAAACAUUUAUGAGAUGACCACGGACUAAUAA